UUCGAAUCUAGAGUUUGUUGCAAAUGCAGCGUAGCAUGGCACUAGCAGAAAGUCCAGGCGAAAGCAUUCAUAAAUAACAAAACGAAGAACAUACAACGGCGGCCCAUUCCCAAACUUCUAAAUCUUUCCUUAAUAAUUCUAACAAUGUUUUCUUUCCAUCUCUAGAUGUUCAACCACCCAAUACCCUUAUUCAGAGUCCCUCGCAAUGGCGUCAUUCCCUCGCCUUAUUCGCCUUUUCGGCGACACCCGAAGCAUUUCCAAAGGCAGAGCACUCCACGCCAAGAUCAUCAUAUCUGGGAUGCCCCGAGAUAUUUACACUAACAACCAUUUGCUAGCUAUGUAUGUGAGAUUCGACCGUAUUUUGGAUGCACGUAAAGUGCUUGAAGAAAUGCCUGAAAGAAACGUCAUUUCCUGGACUGCGUUGAUUUCGGGAUAUUCUCAAGUUGGUAUGCCGGAAAAGGCCCUAGACUGUUUCAGUUUGAUGAUUAAUGAUGGUGUGGAGCCAAACUAUUAUACUUUUGUUAGUGCUGUUUCAGCUUGUGCUAGCUUAGGUGAUGGUAGAGCUGGGAAGGAAGUUCACGGCAAGAUUUAUAGGAGUGGGGUAGAUUUUAGUACACCUGUUAGUAACAGUUUGAUUAAUAUGUAUGGAAAAUGUGGGUUGCUGAAGUCAGCUCAGUUGGUUUUCGAUGCAAUGUUGUCGCCGAAUUCGAUCUCUUGGACUUCACUUCUUUCUUGUUAUAGUCAACUGGCAGAAAACUUGAAGAGUUUGAAUAUAUUUUUGAAGUCGAGAAGGGUGGGUGUGAAAAUUAAUGAGUUUGCUUGUGCAAGUGUUUUGAGUGCAUGUGCAGGAUUGGAAGACUUGAAGUUUGGAAUGCAAAUACAUUGCUUGGUGGUUAAAUGUGGACUUGAGUUCGACAAAUUUGUUGAGACAGGGUUGAUAAGUGUUUAUGCAAAGUGUGGAGACCUGAACUUGGCUUGUCAGGUGGUUUUGGAGGUAAACCAAUCAAAGUUGGCUGCUUGGAAUUCAUUAAUUGGAGGCUAUGUUCAACAAAGCAAGAGAAGAGAAGCAAUUGAUAUUUUUCUUAAGCUGCACUCUUCAGGAAUCAGGCCUAGUGAAAGAACAUUCUCUUCUAUACUUGGAGCCAUCGCUGAUGCAGAAAAUAUUGAACUUGGGAACCAGCUUCACACUUUGAUCAUUAAAAUGGGAUAUAGUUCAUUUUUAGUUGUCAGAAAUUCUGUGCUAGACUUUUACUCAAAAUGCGGGUUUCUUCAAGAAUCAUUGAGAAGUUUUGAAGAUAUUGAUGAGCAUGAUACAGUCUCAUGGAAUUCUCUGAUCUCUGGGUAUGUUCGGUCAGGUCAAUAUGAGGAUGCCAUCAAACUCCUAAAAAAUAUGUUAUUUCAAGGAUAUAAACCCAAUCUUUACACAUAUUCCAUCAUUUUGAGUAUAUCUAGUGAUUUCCCAGCAAUUGAAUGGGGAAAGCAGACACAUUGCUGUAUCAUUAAACCUGCAUUUGAUUCUAAUGUCAUUGUUGGAAGUGCCCUUGUAGACAUGUAUGCAAAGUGUGGGGUACUGAAUGCUGCUCGAGAAGUUUUUGAUUCUCUAACUUCGAAAAAUUUGGUUUCUUGGAAUACUAUGCUUACAGGGUAUGCUCAACAUGGAUUCGCGAGAGAAGCACUAGAGAUUUAUAGUAUGAUGCAGAGAGGUAAUGUCAAACCUAAUGAUGUUACUUUCAUUGGUUUAUUAUCUGCUUGUGCUCAUGCUGGUCUUUUAAAGGAGGGUUUGUACUACUAUGAUUCCAUGACUAGGGACCAUGGUAUUGCUCCAAGGCUUGAGCAUCUAGCUUCAAUAGUCAAUCUUCUUGCUCGUAAAGGAGAAACUAGAAGAGCUUAUGAGUUCAUAAGGAGCUUCUCUAUGGAGCCAAGCAAGGUGGUUUGGCGAUGUCUUUUAUCGGGCUGCAAAAUCCACAAGGACCUAAUCUUAGGAAGACUUGCUGCAGAGAAAAUUUUGAGUAUUGAUCCAGAAGAUACCUCAGCUCAUAUUAUGUUAUCGAACAUAUACGCAGAGGCCAAAAUGUGGGAUAAAAUAGCGGAAUUGAGAAUAAUCAUGAACGAGAAAGCAAGGAAGAAAGAUACAGGAUGUAGCUGGAUAGAAUCGAAGAACAAGAUGUAUUCUUUUUCUUCAAGUCAUUCUACAAAAUUUGAAGGGGUCAACCUAAUUCAAGUUUUGAAUCAAUUGACGGUACAUUUGUCUGAUGCAGGAUAUUUUCCUCAUACAUCGUUCUAUCUUUCACAAGAAAGAGCUUAGGCUGUGAACUGGAGAAACGUUUACUACUAUAACUUUUCAUUCUAUCAGGUGUAUCUUAUUUAUGGUAUACACAGAUUUGGAAAGAUUUAUACCAGGAGAAAAAGGGCAAAAACACGUGAAGGCAGAGAUAUUUCAUCAAUUAUGUCUUCAAACAAUAUGCAAGUAUUCUUGUGCAUACAAAAGAUUGACUUAUCAGAAAUUAAAAUUGUCUGAAUCAGAUUUUGUCAUUCCAUGCAGAAUGAUGUAAAUGAAGCAACUUGGUAAAGCUUUCGGAAUAUGGUGCUCACUAUUGAUGAACAGACACUGGUUGAAGUUAGGCAGCGGCAUAGCUGGUUGUGAGGUUGAUUGAUGUACUCUGGAGUUUGUACUCAUUAGUUCCAUGGGGUAGCCUGAAAAGUGCAUCUAAUUCUUGGUCCUACCUUGCAGGAAAAAGUAGAAGAUAGACUAGAAGCAGAAAAUUUGGCAAAUUUUUGUUACAUCAGAUGAGCAAUAUUCAUAUCAGUUUGAACACUAAACUUUGGAGAACAGCUUUCAAGAAGAUCAAAUUUUGCCUAGAAUCUUGGAAAUAGAAAGGUCCAUUUCAGUAUUUCUUUCCUUUCAAAUUAUGCGUUUAUUGCUCCCUGGACCAAUUGCUGUUUUUCAUAGUAGAAUGGUCAAUCUGGGCCAUGUAUUUUGUUCUAACCAUACGCAUGUAAGCACGGUUGAAAAUAUCAGAUUGGAUUUAGUCGAUUCAACCGAGAACUAGUGCUUAGUCAAUCGGGUACAUGUUAUAAAAUUGGAAGUUUAGAGAA